CACGACUCACAUGCACGUCCUGAGUCACUGCGGCGCGAGGUAGCUGCGCCCGACGGGAGGUAUCAACGGGCGAAGGAGCCGCAGCAUCGGCAUCGCACCGCGCGAGCUCAGGAUGCUGCCCUGUAUGAGACGAGUGCUUGCUAUCCUCGCCCUCACCCAUGGCUUCGCGCCGGCGCCGGCGCCGCGCGGCCUUGGAAGCGCGCUCCACAUGAAGAAGCCCUCGCCGGCCCUGGAAGCCGGGCCGUUGCCGGGGCUGUCCCAGACGAACUACAACGUCCUCAUCGGCGUCACGGCGCUCGGCGUCUCGGCCCCGGCGCUGCUGGCCGCCACCGCGGUCCUGCCCUCGAUGCUGCCGGCCAAGGCCCCUCCUACGAAAGGCAAGCCGCCGGCCCAGGCCGCCAAAGCACCCGUAGGCGCGGCGAAGUUCAAGUUCGCCGAGGCGCUGCCCACGCUGCCCAAGCCGGCCGCGAAGAAGGCGCCGGCGCCGAAGAAGGCGCCGGCGCCGAAGGCCGCGGCGCCGGCGCCGGCGCCCGCCCCGGCGCCCGCUCCGGCUCCGGCGCCCGCCCCGGCGCCGGCGCCCGCGCCCGAGCCGCCCAAGGUUGCGAAGGACGCCCAAGUGGCCCUCUUCGGCAAGGCGGCGCCCGCGCUCGUGAACACGGCCGCCGGCGCGACGUCCGGCGACGACGUCUCCGCCGCGCUCAAGGCGGCGCGGGUCAAGGCGACGACCAAGGCCGGCGCCGUCAAGCCGAAGGCGGCGGCGGCCGCGGCGGCCGCGCCGGCCGCUCCCUCCGUGCAGAUGAGUGCUCUCGAUCCGCGCAACCUCGACACGGCCAUCACGAACCUGCGGGACCCCGGCACGGAGAACCUCGACCAGGCGAUCGAGAACCUGCGCGCGAAGCCGGCCGAGGCCUCCGGGAAGUCGCGCAACCUCGACGAGGCCAUCACGAACGCGCGCGCGCUCUCGAAGUAGUAAGG